AUGCCGCAGCACACCCGGACCGCGCUGCGCCCGUGGUCAGUCCGCGUCGACACCCCUGAGGAUCCACUCUUCGCCCGUCUUGAAGCCGCCGAGCCGCCUGCCCGUGCCCAUGCCCAUGACACCAUGUCCAUGUCCCAGCAGGUAUCCCGUCCACGACCGACCGGUGCGUUCAACGAGAGCGCAUAUGGAGCGUCCGUCUCGGACGACGACUGGCCGGAGCACGCGCUCCUCCGUCCGGCCUCCCGCGCGUCAGACCGCUAUGCGGGCGAGCCCUGCGCACCAGCGCCGCCGAGAUGGAGAAGAUACUGGCCACUCGGCCCUCUGCUUGCCCUGUUUGGCGGCAGGAACCGGCACCGCAGUCGCGACGCCUUCCCCGACCGCUGGUCGCUGGACCCGGAGGUUCAGGCCCGGCCGAGACGACGGUCCUUCAUCAGACGGGCCCUUGCGUACCUCCAUCAGCUGCUGUGCAGCCCAACAGUCACCGUCUACCGAGCCGACGCCGGUGCUUCCCACCGGCACCGCAAGAUGCCGCCGUAUCGAUGGCGAGACAUGCCUGCGGCUAGGAAGACUUGGCGGUCGUGGGCACCACCUGGGCGGUCGCCGCUGUCGCAGAUGAUGAGCCAGUCUGCCAACCUCACGGAUGCGACUGGGAAGUCAACCAGCUAG